GGCUUUUGAGGCCGUUAUAAACCGACCAACUUUCCUCCUCUCACUGUACUGCUUCUUCUCCUCACAGAUCACAGAUCACAGAUCAGUGUGUGUUUGAUUAUAGUGCAAGAGCAUGAUGGGUGUUGUGAAAACAGCGAUGCUGCUGCUGCUGCUGGCGGUGAUCGGCACCAACGCAGAUCACCAGGAAGGCUGUGAUGAUCUGAAAAUGGUGGCAAAGGAAGACCUGCACAAGAGUUACGGGGAUUGGGUUCUGGUCUGGGCCGCUGCCGACCAUCAAGAAGGCUCGGACCUGCUGCCAAACGUCUCCAGCUCCUCCGUCGAGCUCCAUCUCCUUCCUGACAACAACACCGUCAUGUUCACUGAGAGGAACCUGUUCUUAGACAAGACGUGUGUUAACUACUUCAUCAACAUGUCGAUGGACGACUCCGACAACCACACCAUGCACGUCAUCGAUGCCAUGGUGGAGAAGGACGGCAAUUUCAGUACGUACAACGAAUCAGGAGACGUGGAUUUCUACGAGACCUGCCCCGACUGUCUGAUGAUGGUCUACAAGAGCACAGCUGGACGAUACCUGCUCAACUACAGGAGUGAGGGGCACCAUCAGGACGUAGAGCAGAUGAAAGUGAACCAGGCCGGUCACCAGAAACACGCCGAGUGUCUGGGAUUCCCUCACGACAAUCCCUUCAUCUACGACGGAGCUGCGGAUUUCUGUCAUAAGAAAUCCUCUGCUGAGGUAGAGGCGACUGCCGAACCAGCUGAGAAAGAUACGAGUGAUCCACCUGCGGAAAUAGAAGCGACGGCCGAACCAGCUGUGACAGAGGUGAUAGAGGUGAUAGAGGUGAUAGAGGUGAAGGUCGAAGAAGCUGAGAAAAAGAUUGAGGUUGUACCGACAGACCUGCCUGUUCAAUGAGUGUCAACAUAUAUCAGAUAUUUCAUUCACCAAUAAAUUAUUAGAAAAUACUAAAACCUU